AAGCUGAGAUUAGGAGUAAUUUAAUUAGAGAACAAAAUGAGAAAAUUAACCAACAAACUAACCAGUUAACUAAUUAUCAAAAUCUUUUAAGAAUUGCGGAAGAGAAUUUGAAAAAGGCACAAGGGAUUAUUCAGCAAAAAGAAAAACAAUUGGAGCAAUUGGAAAAAGAGAAAAAUCUCAUUAGUGAGGAAUUAUCUUUAGCAAGUAGUAAAAUCCAAGAACUAGAAGCAACUUUAUUGGCGGCUAAUUCUAAAAUAGGGCAAUUGGAGGCAAGAAUUGGGGAGUUGGAAAGUAAGGGGGAUAAUUCAGAUGAGUUGGAAAAGUUGAAAAAAGAGCUGAACCAAGCUAAACAACAACAAGCCAGCGAGAAAAGCAAAUCCCAAAGUGAGAUAAAAAGGUUGCAGAGUGAAUUAACUAACGCUAGAAAACGGGAGGAGGAGUUGGCAGGGAAAAUUAAAGAAUUGGAAAAAAAGCAAGCCAAAACCCAAGAAGUAACUACUGGAAAAAUUUUAUUGCUGUUAGGAAUUGUUUUCUUUUUUACUCCUCCUAAAAAAGAGAAAAGCAAGCCUUCCCAGGAAGAAUUAUUAUGGGAAGAGGAAAAAGCAAGAGCGAGAAGGGAGAGUGAAGCCGAGCAAAAUAAAGAAUGA